AUGCUGGACAUGCUUCUCACGGCUGAUGCUGCCCGCAAACACGCCCAUGACUUUUCUUCACCACAUGCGCCCUCUUCGCCCGCUGGCAAUGGCUCCUUCCUCCUCCAGAUGCCUCUUUCCAUAAUCGGUUCUGUGCUUCGCCGCCAGACUCCAUCGCCAGCGCCACUUCUCCCAGAAAAUGUCCCUGGACAAGCACCUACAAUGAUCAACCGACUCCCUGACACUCCUUUGGCCUCUCCCACUUUUUCACGCCCCGUUUCCUCUGGGAGCAAUGCUUCCGCCGACCCUCGCCCUGGACACGUGCGUAUAGCUUCGGGAUGCACCGAGAGCUUAAAGAAGCGGAACCCCCGCCCGAGAACUUCCUACGUCUGCGCUCGCCCCGUGCGUCCGACCGACUCAAAGCUCCACCUGCGCCCCAAGGUCCUACUCCAGCUGCACCAGCUUAUUCCUUCGCAACGCCCAAAACCCACCUAUGAGCUCAUUCCUUUUUCGCUUCUCCCGCCGCGGUCCACUCGCCGCCUCGCUCGCACCUUCAACACCAGUGCCAGGCUGGGUCCUCACGAUCUGCUGGUUGUCAAGGCCGAGCCAUAUGGGAGCGUCGAGGGGACCCAAUCUGAACAUGACCAUUGGAACGAGAGAGAGGUGGUUGGCGUCAUCUGCCCUGCCAAAGGCGACAAGAACACCGAGAUCUGCAUGGACGAUGGAUCAAGUCGGUGGGACGUCUCGGACUUGCCCAAUGGCGGCUUCGAAUUCAACACCACGGAUGACCAUGGCCUGCCGCUCAAGGCGCGGUGGGUCCUCAAGCCUGCACACUCCCGCCGUGUUUCUAGCACAUCAGCCUACUCGCAACACUCGCAAACGUUACCACAAGGACAAGAGGACAAAAAGUACACCUUCAGCACCAUCAGCGACAACUCGCGUCGGCAUCCCAUUAUCGCUACUCUAACCCGGAGUCGCAUAGACGUCAUGGACUCGUACACGAUACCGCCAACUUCUCUGCCCACGCCUGCUCUUACGCCUGCAAGCGACGUUGAGUCGUUCAUUUCGAGCGAACAGGCUCCAAUCGUGACGAACGAUACCCUGCGACGUUUGAUUCUGGUUACUGGGUCCUGGAUAGCUUCGCAGAACGCAACCACCACCCAGUCCUCUUCCUUUUGCGCCGAGACCGCCUCUCUAUUCAGCGCCUCUCACAGCCGCUCGACCUCUCCUACAUCCACCAUCGGCCGACCCAGUGGCAAAAGACUGCCUCGGAGCGCGAGCUUUACAGAGCCGUCAGUUGCCCCUAAUAGUUCGCCCAAGCAAAAACCCCACUCGCGCCGUGCAAAUUCAACGGGCACUGCCAAUAUGAGCGGCAGCAUGAGGCAGCGCUAUGGCCUCGCAUUUGAAGGCGAGACCCUCUGCGAGACUGAGGAGGAACGCCAAAACAAGCGCAGCGUGGAGCUCCUUCGCAUCAGAGAACUAGCACUACCCCCAACCAUUGAACUACCAUCGGUCGAACCGCCAACCGAGCGAUCCCGCAAAACUCAGUCCGCUUUCGAACCCUUGAAGACCGCCGGGCUCUGGGAUUCGGGAGUCGCUGAGGAGCGGCCCGGUCGCUUGAAACCCCGCCCCACGAGCCUCUCUGUGAUGCUCGACAAGCAGAAAAGGCAGGACCGCAAGCGCGAGCGCAGCAAGGACAAGUCGCUGAGGGUAGAAUCGAGCGACUACGGCUCGCUGAUAAAACGCCGCGACUGGGCGCGCAUCAAAUCUAGUUUGCGCGGCUUGUUCAAGAGGGACAAGGCUUGA